AUGCUCUGUUCGAGGUAUCAAUGUCUACUGAAUCUCCGAGAGUGCUGUUUUGAUCUGGACAAGAAUAACUACUGUUCUGAAAGUCAUGUAGAUCCUGAAACUGAAGAAAUAUGUCUGAGAUGUUUGGAUGGGCUGGUGAAUAACUUCAAUUCGAUGAUGUUAUGGGCUAUAAGAUGUAAUAUGGAUAUUAAAUUUAUUGGUUCAGGUGCAUCAGCGAAAGCUAUGAUGUACUAUAUUACAGAUUACAUCACAAAGGUUCAACUGAAGGUGCAUGUUGCAUAUGCUGCAUUGGAGUGUGUGACAAAGAAACUUGGAGAGUACAAUCCUGAUGUAGAUGAUAUCACAAUGAGAGCAAAAUUGUUACUUCAAAAAUGCUCAUAUUCUAUGCUGUUGCAUCAGGAGUUGUCUGUGCAACAGGUGUGUUCAUACUUGAUGGAUUUUCUGGACCAUUACACCAGUCACCAAUUUCUCUUCUUGUUGUGUUUCCCACACUGCACCAGCUCCAUUGGUCCAGAGAAAAGUGAAACAAGACAGUAG